AUGCCCGAAAAGGUCAUGAUGAACAUGGGCCCGUCAAACUAUCCCUUCAACGAGACCUAUGCCACGCUCAUCCCUGCCCUCCUUAUCGGGGACUCAGUGGUCAUGAAGGUGCCCAACACUGGGGGCCUGGCUCAUUUCCUCACGAUGGAGGCCUAUGCCGAGUGCUUCCCCGCCGGAGUGGUGAACUUUGUUUCAGGUCGGGGCCGAGAUACUAUGCCGCCAUGCAUGGAGUCUGGGCUUGUUGACAUCUUUGCCUUCAUUGGCUCCUCGAAAGCUGCAGAUGCGCUGGUCAAGGCACGGCCUUGGAUCCUGAAGUGCAAUAGAGAGAUGAAUAUAUAUAUAUAUAUAUGUUUAGGGGUUGGGGGCUUUGGGUAA